GGGAAGGAGAGGAGGGGAGAAAGGGGAUGGCCGGAGAGGGGCGAGGAAGGAGGCCACCAAGGCCCCGUGCUAGCAGGGGUGGGGGGGGCGCGGCGGCGGCCGGCGUGGUGGGGGCUGGAGCGAAGUUCUUGAGACUUAUAUAUCAUAUUUUGUUUUGUUAAGUUUCGGAUUUGAUAUUUUUACAUUCGAUCAUUAGUGGCACACAUGUACAACCAAUUCCAUAUAGUUCAUUCAAGUCAAGCACGUGAAUAUCAUGUACUGGGUAGACACCCAAUAGUGGUGGAACCCCUCACUUAUAUAUCGUGUUUUAUUUUUUCAAGUUUUUAUUAUUAUAUAUUUUUACAUUCUUAGAAUUUUGGUACAAGAGAUUAAGAGAUAUUGUCAAACUUAUAUGUGGAAAUAAAUCAUUCAAAUAGUUUUUUUUUCUUUUUUUUUUGCCAAAGUUAGGAAGGGUGAGGGGUGUUUUUUCAUUUAUACACUACUAAUGUGUAAUAGGGGUUAGAGACCACAUGCCCGCAAGGCUCUUUUUCAUUAAACUAGACCCACUACAAAUCAUUCAAAUAGUUAAGUAGUGUAAUUAUGUGUGACAAACUGUAUAGGAAAGCAAGGUUCAAUAGCUAGAAAAUCAAAUGUGAAUUAUUUGAUAUAACUUUAUACAAGUUUGUAAUAAAACUUGUAUGAUUAUUCUUUGUGAUCAAUGGUUUCAAUCUUUCCUACUAAGCGAAGCAUUCUUUGACUCAUAGCCUCAUAUCAUCACAACCUAAAGCCAACUAUAGCCAAGCCAACCCCACAACACAACAGAAAACAAAAGCAACUUCUCUUUAUCCAGUUUAAAACCCCUCCAAAAACCCCAUUCCCAUGUCAGAGUUACAAUUCUGUCACUCACUCACUCACUCACUCUCUCACUCUCUCUCUCUCUCUCUCUCUCUCUCUCUCUCUCUCUCUCUCUCUCUCUCUCUCAUGGAGCAUGAUCAAGACCAAGAAGCUCUAUUUCAUUCAUACCCUUUUGCAUAUUACGUGCAAAGCCCAUCAACUGUCUCCCAUGCCAACAGUGCUGAUAUCCGGAACACCAUCCCCGAAUCUGAAUUCCAAUCCCCAACCCGAGCUGAACCAACAAACCCGACCCUUCACGAAGAGGCCUCCCGCUUCACUCUCUCACACUACUCCUCCUCCCGCGGAUCCAGCCACUCAUUCUUGCACCAGAAGAAGAUCUCAUACGACGCACGUAGCAACGGAACGGGCACCGAAAAUGGAGUAAACCGUUUGAUUAUUGUGGACGGUGGUGGCAAGGGCGAUGAUGGUGGUGAUGAAGAUGAUGAUGAGGAAUAUUACUAUGGUGUGAGAAAAACAUCAAGGUGGUGGAAGACGUAUUGUUCAUAUCGUAAUUCAGAUUCGUGUGUAUGGAUUUGUAUGCAAAUAAGUUGGAGGGCUAUGUUGAGCUUGUGCGUUGCAUUGCUUGUGUUUUACAUUGCUACAAAGCCCCCUCCACCCAAAGUGUCAAUUAAGAUGGCAGGAAUUGGCGAAUUUGGACUAGGGGAAGGAGUGGAUGGCUCGGGUGUCACCACUAAGAUCCUCACCUGCAAUUGUUCCAUAAAUCUAAUAAUAGACAACAAAUCGAAGCUCUUUGGCCUUCACAUUCAUCCUCCAACAAUCCAAAUGCGCUUCGGCCGCUUACCUUUUGCUUUAUCACAUGGACCAAAGCUAUAUGCUGCUGAGAGUGGGUCAUCAAAAUUCAAGUUAUAUGCUGGAACAAGGAAUAAGCCAAUGUAUGGUGCCGGAAGAAGCAUGGAGGACAUGCUAGAGUCAGGGAAGGGUUUGCCAUUGGUCCUUCGAGUGAGUUUGCACUCAAGUUUUCAUGUCGUUUGGAACCUUAUUAAGCCUAAAUUCCACCACCAAGCUGAAUGCUUGCUUGUCCUUCAUAGGGCAUAUGAUAAAAAGCAUCGCACUCAGACAUACAAUAGCACCUGCAUAAUGACUUAGUCUAUCAAUUAUGUACACCCCUCUCUACAAGAAAAUCUGAGAAUUAAAUUUUUUUUUUCUGAAACCAAAAAGGAAAAAGAAAGAGAGAGAGACCGAAAAAUCUCAGCCAGAAAAGGAAAAGGGACUCAGAUGUUGUUGACAAGCCAGUCCUCUUGAAACUUUACAUGUGAUGUCGUAAGAAAUCUACAUAUAAAUGUAUAAUCUCAAAAGCUCUCAAAGUUAUUUUCAGUGGAUAUGUUUUCUCUUUUAC